AUGCACCGGGCAGUACCCGCAUCCCCAAACUUCCACAGCAAGAUCCGUACCAGGAUGAUCUUCUAUGAUUUCCGAAGGCUGCUACCAACACCGAGACGUGUGGUGCGCAAAUCCAUCGCCAGAGUCCUGACUGUUAUCAAUCAGACCCAGAAGGAGAACUUGAGGAAGUUUUAUAAGGGCAAAAAGUAUAAGCCUCUUGAUCUGCGGCCAAAGAAGACUCGUGCCAUGCGACGCAGGUUAAAUAAACAUGAAGAAAAUCUGAAGACCAAAAAACAGCAGCGAAAAGAACGUUUGUACCCUGUCCGGAAAUAUGCCAUCAAGGCAUAAACCUGCAGUGUGCCGAAAGUUCUUAAUUACAUUGGCUGAGUAUGUCUCAUUAAAUAGAUUUUUGUUUG